AUGGGAAAAGACCAGUACGGACGGCCUGCCACCAAGGCCCAGCGCCACGAUCCCCUCCAUGUCCAGUUGAUGGGUCCCUCGGAGAACGACCCCCUUCCCCAGGGCAAGCAGCCCAGAGCCAAGACUGCCCGUAACGAGCGCAAGAACAAGCCCGAUGCUAACUAUGUUGAUGCCAAGUUGUCGAGAAAGAUUUUGUCGAUCGCACAGCAGCAGCAGGAUGAGAUCAGCAAGGAGGCACGCGGAGGUCUUUCCUCAGACGACGAUGAGGAAGAGGAGCAGACUUAUGGAAAGAAGGCAGGAUCAUCAGGGGGAGCCAACAAGAGCUUCAUUCCUGCCAUUGGCGGCGACAGCGACGAGGAAGAUUCCGACGCCGAUGAGGAGGGUGACUUUGGCACCUUUGAUGAGAUCGAGAUUGACCAGCGCGAUGCCGAGUUGUUGGCCAAGUUCAUGCCCGCAGCACCCAGGGAAAAGAAGACGCUCGCAGACUUGAUCAUGGAGAAGAUUAAUGCCCAGAACGCCGCCAACGCCGCCGCCGCCGCUGCUGCCGCUGGAGGAAACGAUGUUGCUGUCGUCCCCGAGAAGAGGGGACCCCUGGAUUCGGUCAUGGACUAUGCGGACGAGGAUGAGACUGGCGACAACCGCCCUAUGCCUAUGGGUCUCAGCCCCAAGGUCGUGGAGGUCUACUCCAAGGUCGGACUGUUAUUGUCGCGCUACAAGUCGGGCAAGUUGCCCAAGGCCUUCAAGAUCAUCCCCUCGCUUCAGAACUGGGAGGAGAUCCUGUACAUCACCGCACCUGAGAACUGGACUGUUCACGCCACCUACCAGGCCACCCGAAUUUUCACGUCCAACUUGAAGGAGAAGCAAGCGCACAAGUUCUUCUCUCUGGUUUUGUUGGAUAAGAUUCGGGAUGAUAUUGCCGAUAACAAGAAGCUGAACUACCACCUGUACAUGGCCCUCAAGAAGUCGUUGUACAAGUCCAAGGCCUUCUUCAAGGGAAUCCUGUUCCCCCUGUGCGAAUCUGGUACCUGCACCCUCAAGGAGGCUGCCGUCGUCGGAUCUGUCAUCACCAAAGUUAGUAUACCUGUCUUGCACUCUGCCGCCGCCCUCUUGCGAUUGGCCGAUAUGGAGUACACCGGACCCAACUCUCUCUUCAUUCGUGUAUUAUUGGACAAGAAGUACGCCCUCCCCUACAAGGUCAUUGACGGAUUGGUGGACCACUUUUUGAGAUUCAAGAUGGACCCACGGCCGAUGCCCGUUCUCUGGCACCAGGCCUUCUUGAUCUUUGCCCAGCGUUACAAAUCCGACAUCACCCCCGACCAGAAGCAGGCCCUCCUCGAGCUCUUGCGCUUCAAAACACACGAGGGCAUUUCACCCGAGAUCAGGAGAGAGUUGGUCAACAGCGUAGCCCGUGGUGAGAUGUUGCCCGAGCCAGCUGAUGAUGAUAUGCUCAUGGACAUUUAA